CAUGACUUCAAAAUGGAAGAUGUGGCGUUCAACGAGUGGCCGGACAUCGGCUCCGGAGCCAACUCCUGGUUGCCAGCUUAUGGAUUUCAAACACCGACGGCGCUUCUCGACAGAGACGAUUUCUUAGGAAAUCCAGAUGCGGAAUAUUUUUUGCAUGGAACGGCUCCAACUUGUUUGUACCUGGAGACCAUCCAUGAGGAGACUUCCGAUGAUUUGAGAUCGGAUAGUGAAAUUUCGAGGGAAUCACCUUUAGGAUGGCUUGCCACUGAUUCAGAGACGGACUCUGUUAUUUGUAUGGAUGCGAAUAACGACACUGACUGCGAGUCCGAGCGCGAGCUCGCAUGCCCUAUCAAACGCCGUCGCCAGGAAGUGGUCCUCCCCUCCGAAGAAGACUACCAAUCCCUGAGUCGUUCUAGCAGUCUCCUUCAAUUCGAAACGUUAGAAAAACAAUGCCAAGAAACGUCGAGCAGUUCGCCGAGCAUUUUCAGCGUGGACAGCUACUCCAAAGGCAAAACCCCAGGUUCGGAAAGCGGUGACAGCGACACCACUCUCGUAUCGAAAUCGUGCAGUUUGGACAACUUAUCCAAAAGUCCAUCGAAGAAAAUUUCCGCCGAGAAUCUGAGCGAGGACAGCGGUUACGGCGAUCACAUGCUGAAGAAGAGGUCCAGGUUCUCCGCUUACGAUUCGUAUUGCGAUUUCGGUAAAAUCGGAGGGAAGUUUGGUGCCAGUUGUCAGAAUUUGAAUCUGGUGGUUGGCGAGUGGGUAAAUUUAGAAAAGGAGGAAUGCGAGAUUAAAUUUAGAACGACGUCGACGAGUGAACCCAACCUGCUGGUGCAAGAUGAACAGUCGCGGUGUGAUUACGGUGCUGUGUUGAGUGUUCCCAAAGACUUGGACUUGGUAGGUUUGGACGAUGCAGCGAAGAAGACGUCCAUAGCGGCCAAAAACUGGGACUUGGCCGAUUUUGCAAAGAAAAUCAACGAAAUGGCAGCGUUUAAACGGGAAGGAAGUUACAGUGAAGCGAUGCGAAAUCGAGUGGAUCUCAGUGAUGACGAGACGAGUCUUUGUUAUAAAAAAAAAUUCCCCAAAACGACCAUUGGAGAAUUUGACAAGAAAGUUCUUCAAGCCAUCUCCGAAAGUGUCCACAGUAUAAAUUCCAUCAGCAUUGCUGAUGCUCAUCUGAGUGAUAUUUACAACACUCCACCGCCCAUUCAACAAAGUAGCAAAAGAAACGUUGUUAGUACUCCUAAUUUAGUGAUGAACGUGCAAGAGCAAGAGAGAUUUAUCGGAAUGAUUGAAGAUGAAAGAAGAAAAUCAGUGCAAGAUUUGCCAAGAAAGAGUUCCUUAGCCAAUCACAGUACCAGUACUAGCUGCGUGUCAGACGUGGAGGAAAAGACACUACUCAUCAAUUAUGAAUCAGGAAGUACCAAAGAAGUCCACUUCAGUCCUGUGGUUUCGGAGGUCAACUGGCCUGACCACUCUUCCACCCCCAGCACCGCUGAACGCGAAUCCAGCUAUAGCCUCUCCAGCAGUCCUGACCGAGACCUGGACACCCUCGCCAAGAGCCUCCUCGGUCGCAACCCCACACCUCCUCGCCGAACCGGAAGUCAACCGGAUUUACCUCGAAAUCCGCGUUUCCGGGCCAGCUUUUCUCAAAGCCAACCUGAUGUCAGUCGACUCAAACGCCGCGGUAGUCAACUUAUCAAAAAAGACGUCGAUGGAUGCAUUAUCAAGGCUUAUGUCGACGGCGACGGCAUCCAAUACAAGCACACCCAUCUGGACGUGGACGAGCCGUCACCGCUCCCCUCCGCCACCACCAGUCACGUGCUUCAGCGUGAUGUUGUUGAACGAAAGCAGCAGCAGCAACAGCAGCAGGCAGUUGAGGGCAUGGACGCGGUGCAAGCGCAACAGAAAACUAAGAAAAAGUUGGGAGGGUUUUUCUCGAGGUUGACCAGUUUCCGUUUCUCAACAAGGAAGGAUGACAAGAAGAAGAAGAAAGAAGGAGAGAGGAAAACAGAAUACGUGAUGGUGCAGCAGCCCCGCGUGGCCACCAAAGCCGAUUAUAUCUACAUUCCUCUAAAAGGUGGUCCGGAGGCUGCAGCGUCCUCCGAGUCCCCAAUCAUUGCAAGUUCUAAGCCGCCCCUGCCUCGGGCGCCCCCUCGUGUCAUUGGCGCAAGCGUGAAAAGCAAGGGCGAGAAUGCGCAACGCCGCCCCCAAUAUCACCACCACCACCACCACGAUACGGAGCACCGCCGCCGAAGGACUAUUGAUUCGUGCCUUCGGCCGAUGGAGCCCAUGGGGCUUAUCGAAACCGAUCUGGAUACAGAAGUGACAGUCAUUACAAGUGGUACAAAUGUGAAAACGCGAAGUUUGCUCAAUUUGGGCGCCGAGCCCAGACUCGGCUGCCACCAUCUCCUCGGCACCGACGACAACUCCUCGAUCAGAGACAACGCCGAAUCAGCAGCCCCUACCAGGCCACACAAGUCCAUGGAGUUCCUCUUGGACAAACAGAAUCUCAAAGUUGUUGAGCCCCCGGAAAACGAGCUGCAAAAAAGCGACCGCGUAAUGUCCGAACACCAACUGCGUGUUCAGCGCUCCCUCCAAAAGCUCACAGUCCCCGAAUGGUACAAACAAAAUCAAGUCCCUCAAGGUUUCCUCUUGAAGAAGCCGUCGAAAGAGAGUCGUUGGACGGGCACCGGCAGUAAAACCACAUCUUUGAGUAGUUUGGGCUCAAGUAGUGCUUCACCUGUGAUUUUAAGUCCCACAACACAGCCGUUUGUCCGAUGGUCCACUUCGAAGCUCAAUUCGACGGCAUCGUCACCUUGCGCCUCCAUCAGGAGCAGUUUCAACACUUCGUCGUCGAGACAACCAAACGGCUCCAUCUCACCAUCAUCAAUUCGCAGUAGUUUUAGUUAUCGGCAGCCGUAUCUAGGCUGGAGGUCACAGGAGAGGUUGUCCAAGCCACGGACUCCUGCUGAAAGACUCGCUAAUAGUCUCUUACAACCACAACAAGCGAGUCCCGAGAUACAAACCUCAAUUAAAGAAGUUACAUCAGCGAUUGUGCAUUAUGUUAGCGGUUUGAAACCGACUGAAAGUGAGGAGAGUCGAAGCCGUUCAACGAGUCCAAGAGGUAGUAGUCAAAAGUUGUGCUGGUUGGAGAGCUCCUUUGUUGGUAUUAAACCGUUGGAUUCGCCACAGACGCCACAACCCCCAACAAGUCUUCGACUAGAAUUGCAAACACAUAACGAUGUGAGUCACCUGACCACAGAAAGUGGUCCGAAACCAUCACCCGGCUCGACAACACUAGAAGACGUUCUCGAUUCGCUUUUGGGUCUUCCGUCAUCGGACCGCGCCCCCAGCCCUAGUCUCCAAGUGACGGCGUCAGCUAAUACCAGUCCCAAGAAGCAAGAGUACUUUCGACGUCGUUCGGAAGGAAGUCAAACCAAUUCGAGACGUGUCAGUUUCGAAUCGCCUCUGCUCCAAUGUCGGUACUCACGUUGUGGCAAAACCAUACCAAAGUCAAGUCCUGAAGCUUCAAGUUGGAAAAAUUGCCACAACUGUUCGUACAUUUACUGUUCACGGACUUGUCGAAGGGCUCAUUGGGAGAAACAUCGCAAAACUUGUCUAUUUUCUCGAAUCGGAACGCUUUGUCGGCAAGUGAUCGCUUCUAUCAAGGAACAGAAAGAAACUCUUUAUCACUUAUCGCUAAUUGCGCGCCGAGGUUAUCUCAGCCAUGGUCUCGGUGCAGUUAAAUGUUUUUUUCCUGGACCUGACAAAGCCGACAAGUUCCUCACAGGAGGCUUGAACGACUUGGGGGAACUUACUUACGUUCGUUGGCCGGACUUGCUCCCAUCAGAGAUGGGGCCACAGCUCUACUCUGAAUUGGUCCAAAUGUGCAAAACUUAUAAUCCCGAUACUAAAAUGGUACUUUACGUUUCCGUGUGUGUUGUGUCGGAAACGCCAGCUACAGGGGCCGUCAAAUGGGAACGCCAAUUGGUGUCUCGCUGUGCCAAAAUGCGACUCAGUAAAGACUUUUUCUUCUCCGUUCCGGAAAAUCCCGAAACUCUCAUCUUGACUUGUAAUUCGAUCGAAGAAGGAAACGAAGAAGCGAAGAAACUCAAAGAGUUGAGUAUUGAUAAUGUUUUGAAGGAAUUGAGAGCGCGUGGAGUGUCUCUCAAAAGACAACAUCCGAUUAUUUUCAAACAAUUGUGUGCUUACGCGAAUGGAACGUGUGAGAAAUUUACGCCGAUUACGGUGUAUCCAAAAGAUGCGACCACUGGGAAGAGUUUCAUGUGCAUUAUUAUGCUGGAAGCGGAUCCGGAAAGUUUGAGACAAGUGGAAUCAGCGGGUGUUAAAGUUAGGACUGUCAAUGUGCUGUGCGCGGCGGCGGAAUAAAAGACCUCUCUAUUACCUACCCUAUCCUGUGAUUUAUUAUAGCUUGUUGUUAUUCUGCAAAUUUUAACGAGAUUAUUCAUGUUGAUAUAUCUAAUAAUGUUGCUUUUUUUUCAUAAUUGUACUCUAAAUAAAUUAAAUUGUUUGGAAUGGU